AUGACUCAAGAUAUCAACGUAGGUACGAUUGAUCUGAAUAAACAAGAAUCAAAGCCCAAAGCCACAAUUGGGCUUCGACCUUACUUUGCAGAAACAGACAAGAAGUAUGUUCAAUACCUAUUCUAUUCGACCUAUUUCAACCUUGUGCCCCAAGCUGUUCGUUUACGACUGCAGUCUCCCUUUCUUAUCGCUCUAUGGCUGGGUCUCUAUGCACUCUUGAUCACAACAGCAACACGAUUAGCCAACAAGUACGAAUGGCCAUCUAUGCUGACAUUAACAUUUCAAGUCUUUGUCACUCUGGUCUCUGUAGGUGGAGGCGUUGUAGGUCUCUUUUGGUACUUGGAUAAGUUUGAUGUAACAUACAGAGUGAUUGAAGGAAUCGAAAAUGACUUGAAGGAACCUGAUGUUUACUACCGAGGUACACCGGGUGAUAUACGUAAAGGUAAUUUCUGGGUGCUCACGCUCAAUGAUGAGAUCGUGGGUUGUAUCGGCAUGGACCAUAAUCAAGAACCGGUCAUUGACCAAAGUAUAAAAGAAAGCAAGUAUGUGAGAGCGUCUGAGCGUCCGAGUACUGCUGAUGCCCCCGAGAUCCAGACAGCCGAGUGGAAGAAGACGGCCUAUGUGUUGGCGAAAUUAGAUGAUUGGAUUCGAUUGGUCUUGGUAGGCGCUUUUGAUUUCGUCCGAGACAUCUAUUUGAAGCUGAACAAUGUUCAAAUUGAAGAACGCCGUCAAAAGAUCUUAUUUGAAGCACACAAGCCUCGGGAGGCCAGUGUCAGACGAUUAGCUGUCAAAUUGGAAUGUCAGGGCCAUGGACUGUCAACCGUGUUGUUGAAGCGAGUUGCCUUUUGGGCUCAUGCACAUCAGAUAGAGUAUCUCUAUGCAGAGACUGACGAGUUACAGACAAAGAUGGCAGAGAUUUUGGAGAAGAGACACGGUUAUAAGCUUGUUUCGAAAGAAAAGCUGGGAUAUUUCAGAACCAGAUCAGUGUAUCGCCUUGAUGUCAAGCUCUGGAUGAGUCAGGAACUCGAAAAGAGAGCAGAGGAAAAGAGAAGAGAAGAUGAAUUGAAGGAGGAAGAAGAACUGAAAGCUUUUGAAUAA